AUAUCCUGUGUUUCUUUUGAUUUGAAACCGGUGGUUGGUGUUAUAGAAAUAUGGUGGCGGAAGAUCGGUUGAUGCACGAGAUUCAAACAUAUCUAACGAACUAAUUUCAUACAUCAAUUCCGUCGCUGCCUUACUAUUAUUUUUGGAAAAGUACAGAAGAACCGAAGGACGCACCAUGUCGCCAAACGAUAUUUGACCCAGAUCCGAGACAAACGGUUUGAAUCAAAGUUGAACUUACGAAGUGUCCAAGCAAUACUUCUCAAUUUAAAUACCACCCCUCCCAGAUCAAGACACAAUCAGUAACAUGAAAAUAGACUAUUCUUUCCCCAUGGAUGAUUCAUAAUUAGUAUGAUACUGACCUUUCUGUUUCCUUCUCUUUCGGUGCCAGGACGGAUUCGUUUCGUCUUGAUAAACAUCCAUCCAUUGCUUCUGUAAGGUUCGGUUGGAGUAGGUUCGAUUCGAUUUUAACACAAAACCAAAACAAGAAGGAAUUCGCGACACCACACAAAACUAAACCUUCCCGGAAAGUUUUCUGCUGGAGCGUUUUCGGAACAGCCCAACCGUAGCUAUAGCGCCAAUCGCCGCGGCCCCGAUGCCUGCGAUCUUUUUCUUGCUGAUCUUUGGUCGUCGGCGUUUUUGCUCGGAUGGGUGAGGACUACUGCCGAAGCCCUCCAUGAUCUUUACCGGCGGCUGGCCCACGGCACCACCACUUCCCGAAGUUUUAGAGGUUGUAUUGUCGCCGCUACCGCUGGCUUGCAGGGUUACCACCGGUUCGGCAAGCUCGGUCGGCUCGGGUUCGCCGUCCACUCUGGCCCUGAGUACUUUUUGGUACAGCUGCGCUGCGGGCGAAUCGUACUUUCGACGAAUCGCCGCCGCUGCCUCGGUCGGAUUUGCCAUCAGUUUCGCUUCCAUAUUGAUCCCCUUGUCUUCCAGAAACGCCUUGCAGGCAUCAUUGCCGCCACCGGCAUUCAUCAAGGCGAUCUGGUCGGGGGACCAUGAGUCCAUCUUCACGCUACGGACAAAGGAUACGUGGGUUCCUAAACUCCGGUGGACCCCGCUGCAAUCCAGGCAUACCAGGAUGCCAAGCUUAACCGAUGCCCACUGGGGUUUUAUGCGGUCGCAGUCAAUGCAGCGAUUGUUUCCGGGAAGGGCGCGAAUAAUGGCGACAUCCUCUCGAUCCAUAGACGUCAUGUUGUGGAUCAGUUGGUAUUAAUUUUUCUUGUAGUUUUGUGCUAGAAGCAUGUACUCGUUGGUUGUUGGUUCCGGUUUUGAUCCGUGCUAUCGGUUUGGAUGCUGGUGCAAAUACAAGUGAACAAGAGUACUUGUAACAAAGCUUGAUCCUAUGUUUAGUGGAAAAGGUCUAUGUUUGUUGCAGUGGAAACUAGCGCCCUUCGGAAAAGUUAUGCGGUUUAGUAGGUUGUGCUAACGGGUUAUGUUUUACAUCGAGAGGAAGAGAACGAGUAUUUUUUGUGCUUCUUUUCUUCGUUCGUCGUGUAUGUACGUACUCCCUUGUACUGUAAUAUAGACUACCAUACCAU